AUGGAAAGAAAGAGUUCUCCUAUAAGGAAAUCUGUUGAGAUAAAAUUUAUCAAAGAUAAACGUGCUGAGAGUGUUAGAAUCUCAAAUAUGUUGAAAACUUUGUCUAAAAAGGCAAAUGAGCUUUCUAUCUUAUGUGGAGUUGAGAUCGCCAUUCUGAUUUUCUUGAUUGGAUCUCAACCAUUUUUUUUUGGUAAUCCUGAUGUGGACUCAGUGGUCCACCAAUAUUUGGAGCUCAACCAACCAACUACACCUUCGUCUUAUAUGAAGAAGAAAAAAAAAGUGGAAGAAAAUAAGGACAAAGGAAAAUCUGUUGAAGAUAAUUUUACAUAUCGUAUAUCAGAAGAUUCAAAGCUGACAGAUGCAGAAAGACUUGAAAAAUUAAAUCAGGAGAUCAAGAAACUUGAAGAUCAUUUGAAUAAGGAAAUUGAUCUCUUACAAAAUGCGAUAUGCUUUGAAGAUCCAAAAUUUAUAGUUGAAAUGGACGUAGCAAGUUCUUCGACUAUACCACCUAAUUGGUUGAGUCUUUAA